AUGGCGACCAGUAAGAGGCGACCAAAUCUUAGGUUGCUCAGGACAUCUUUGAUUCUGGACAAGGCAACACACGCACGACUGGCGAUGGAGACUGUCUCAGACUGUGUACUUACAACGCGAGAACAGUUUCCAAAGACGCUGACCUGUAUGCCCUUCUCGGAGCUGCAGAGCGUAUCAAAUUUCACGUGGUUGCUCUGCAGGAGACCAAUUGCAGAAGGAGCGAUGUACGACAUAAAUGACGGUACACUCGUCAUUCGUGGAGAGAAGGUUCCGUCACGAAAUGUAGGCGGUUUGUUGAGCGCUCAUCUGUCGUCCAUCUUGUCGGCUCUCCCGAGAUCCUUUUACCUUGUCUGGCCAUUCUUCGCCCUCCCUCUGCGCGAAAAACCCAUCAGUUUCAUCAACUGCUACUCACCAACAUCAGCAGCUGAUGAAUCCUAA